AUGCCAAGGGCGCCCAAAGUGGCGGCGAAAGCGAAGGCGGCCGCGGGGGCCAAGGCGGCCGGGGCGAAGGUGGCCGCAAAGGCGAGUACAGGCACUGUGCGCAAAACAGCGCUGGACGGUGGCCUGGAUGACCGCAUGGAGAGGCUCCUGGCCAACAAGGGGCCAGCCGCGAAGGUGAGCAAAACCGCGGACUUCCAGGCAUUCUUGGAGGAGAGCGACUCCGACGAGGCAAGGCCGAAGGCGAGCGCGAAGCCAAAGCCGCUGAGCCAGCCUUCACCAUCGCCGUCGCCCUCCCCGUCGUCACCGUCGAAGGGCGUGAUCACCCGAUCCCCAGCGAAAAUGUCGGCCUUCGCCGCCCAGAAGAGCGAGAGGAGCGAGAAGGUGAGGAGCGUCAGCUCCCACUCCCCCUCCGCCACUCCCCGGUCACAGAGCCACGGCCGCGACGGCCGCGAGUCCCGCUCCCACAACUCGCCCUCCCACGGCUCGCCCUCCAGGGGCUCAGCCUCGCGGUCUGCCUCCCCGCGGUCCGGCUCCGUGCCCUCGGUCCGCUCCGCGCGUUCUGCGCCCUCGGUGCGCUCGGGGUCCCGGUCCCUGUCCCGGUCGCCCAGCCAGAGCCUGAGCCGGUCGUCGAGGGCGUCCAGCGCCAGUGCGCCGCGGAAGCCCUUGGCCAACAUCCGCCCGCUCAGCGACCUGCCGGGAGCGAGUGGCAUUCAAGGCCUAAGCGUUCCCAGAGCGACGUCGAAGGCGCCGCCGGAGACCCCCAGAUCAGCGGACACUUAUGCGGAGGAUUUCACCGCCGACAGCGCCAGCCUGAGGAGGCCCUCGGCCAAUUACGAGGAUGACUUCGAGGCCUCAAGCAGCGUCAGUGGAAGUGCCAGCGCCCCUCCAGCUGCCGCCCCAGCAGCAGCAGCCGCGCCAACGGCAGUGGCAGCGCCAACGGCAGUGGCAGCGCCAACGGCAGUGGCAGCGCCAACGGCAGUGGCAGCGCCAACGGCAGCGGCCGCCCCGGCCCGUGUGGCCGCCCCGGCCCCAGCAGCCACCUCAACAGCCACCCCAGCGCUUGCUUCAGCGACCGUCUCGGCCGUCACUCCCGCAGCCACGCCUGCCAAGCCCACAGCUCCAGCACCAGUGCCGGCGCCUGCGCCCGUGCCUGCAGCGCCUGCCUUGGCCUCGGCCUUGGCCACAGCACCGGCCAUGCCAUCAACGGCAGCGCCGGCGCCAUCGCCUGCGGCAAAGGUUGCAGCCGCGCCUCAGGCAGCUUCGGCUCCGCCAGCGACGCCCGCCGCGCCAUCCCAGCGGGCGCCAUCCCCCACGCUUCCACAGGCACCGGCAGCUGCCGUGAGCACACCAGCGGUGCAAGCAGCAGCUGCGACAGCGCCGCCGCCGAGGACCGUGUGGGCAGCGCCGGAUGACGACUACCGACCGCGGCGGCCCACUUGCGAUGUGGAUGUGCAGGUGAACAUCCCAGUGGAUGUGGGGGUGCAGUGUGACUUGCUCACAGAUCCCAUGACCCAGCCAGGCUUUCCGUGGCCCAUGCCCGGCAUGCCCGGCAUGCCCGGCAUGCCCGGCAUGGGCAUGGGCAUGGGCAUGAACCCCCAGGGCGACCUCAAGGCCGGCACUGUUCCGGGCAUGCCCGGGAUGCCCGGGAUGCCCGGGAUGGGCAUGCCAAUGCAGGCUCCCUUCGGCUACCCCUGGGCCUGGCCGGGCUUCUUCCCUCCGCAUGCCGGGUCGCCAGGGCCCGGGCCUGGAGCGCCGCCUUUCGCGCGGCAGGAGGGAUCCAACAUGGCGCCAGCGUUGUGGGCGCUGCGUAUGGUGGAUGACUCCUUCCGGGAUCAAAUUGACCUGCUCCGCCAGGCUGCGGCGCGUCACCGGAACUUGCUGGAGAAGAGCCGCGGCAGCUGA